UCCUUCCAUUACCCAGGAUCAUCUCAGUACCGCUUCAGCAAUCAUCGCUUCUCCAUGGAACCUCGCGAUGCUCUUGUGGUCAAUGGUACCGGUCUUACACUCAACUGCUCCGCCCAACUUUCAGAUGAUGUCGACAUUGAAUGGUACAAGAAUGAGAAUUAUAUUAAUGUACGUAAUUCACAGUACUACAACCUUCUACCAACGGGAGCAUUACAGAUCAUGGCAGGUACUCCUGCUCAACAGCUGACGGGUGUCUACUACUGUACCAGCUAUGUGAAGGCUCUAGGACUCAUUGAAAGCCGCAAGGCUCAUGUCACACUUGCAACUCUUGGAGAAAUCCGUUCCCCGUUUGGCGUGACAGUAUACCCCGGAGAUACAGCUAGAUUUGAAUGUGAGGUGAAUGGUACUGUACCAAAAACAACAACGUGGCUGAAGGAUCGACAGACGAUCGACCUGACUGAAGAACGUUAUGCAUCUCGCUACACUCUGCUUCCCAGCGGAGCACUUGAGAUUCGGGACGUGAGGGAGGGUGAUGCAGGCCGCUAUAGGUGUAAAGUAGAGAGCCUUCUAUUACCGGAUCAGAGAAGGCGCAGCACCGAUGCAGAGCUGGUCGUCAGGAGCGACCCAGCCCCAGCCCAGCGUCCAGAGGAUUUGGCCUUCCUAGUAGCUCCAGGACCAAGCCAGAUAGAGGCCCUGAUAGGUAGUACUAUCACUCUUGAAGCAGCUACUACAGAACCAGCAACACUGGAGUGGUAUAAAGGAGAGAAAAAGAUCAACAUGCAAGGUGACCAUUACAGACGACUGGGUCAAGGGAGCUUGCAGAUAACAGACCUAGGAGAGAUCGACACUGGUAUCUAUCGGGUGGUUGCCAUAUCCAUACUUGAUCAGAGCAGAGUAGAGAGGGGUGUUACUGUUGUCGUACAAGUUCCACCUGAAUUUCUGGAGAUGCCUACAAACACCUACGCCAGGUUGGGUUCUACCAAGACCCUCCCAUGUACUGUGUAUGGUAUACCAACACCCUCCAUCCAAUGGAAGAGUCAUGGGGAUGAUAUUGACUUGGUGGCUAAUGGUGAUUUCUUGAGUGUUGAUAACCAGGGACUGACGAUUCAAGACUUGACUGAUCAGGACUCCGGUAUUUACCAGUGCCUUGCCAGCAACCGUUGGGGCAACAUUCAAGCUACGGCUCAACUGAUUGUGCUUCCAGAAGGAGUUGACCCCCCUCCACUGCCACUACCCAUCCCCACCAUACCUCGACCCAUUGACGUGCCAGACCCCUUACCAACUGAGUUACCUGUUCUUCCUGAUGAAGAAACUCCUACUGGACCCGUGGCUACCGCACCUCUUGACCUGAGUGCCAUCAGUGUUCAACCUCAGAGCAUCACGUUAUCUUGGAGACCACCGACUGUUGUCCCAGGCUCUCUACUUCGAUAUCAGCUCUAUCUUCAGAAAGAUGAAGAGGGCGCCAGGAAGAGGCUUGUGGAUGUCAACAAGGAUACCUUGACUAAGAUGGUGACAGAUCUCUUACCCAAUCAAGCAUAUCGUAUAUGGGUAGUAGCAGAGAAUAACAAUGGACUAGGAGCAUCUUCUAAUGUCAUCAUAGUCACAACGCCAGAUGAUACAAGAGUGACACCUGAUGAAGUGACAGACAUGAGAGCAAUCCCACUCUCCUCCACCUCCAUGGAGUUGUCAUGGCGACCACCCUUUGACACGCACGGUGACCUGAUGAACUACAUUGUUCGGGUGACUGAUGAGAUGAUGGGGAGUACGAUGGAAAGAGAGGUGGCGCCCUCGGACAAUAGCCUCGUUCUUGACAACCUGGAUGUAUACACGCUCUAUGAGAUGACGGUGAUCCCCUAUAAUGCUAAUGGAGCAGGAGGAACCAGUACAAUUGAUGCCAGAACACCUGGGGCAGAUCCAACGGGUAUGCCCACUAAUGUGAGUGUGAAUCCUGCUCCAGCGGUGCCCAAUGCCCUGGAUAUCUCUUGGGUACCACCUCCAAUCCACGAGCGUAACGGAGAGAUCAUGGAAUAUAAGCUACGAUACCGUGUGAGGGGAGGAGAGGGAAUACCGGUCACCAUAAUGGGGAAAGCUACUUCAUACAGAAUAGAAGACCUGGAAAGAGAGACGGAUUAUGAAGUAAGGAUAGCCAUGGUUAAUGUCAAUGGGACUGGACCGUUCACUGAGUGGAUCGCUGGUAGAACAGAGGUUCUUGCACCAAAUGAAAAUAUACCACCGCCCCCUCCCACCGUAAUCGAAACGAGAACGUUUGCCCAUCAAAUCACCAUGCAUUGGAGUCAUCCCGAGGCAGCCAUAGUUCUGGUGGAGGGUUACAUCCUUGGUUACGGGGAGAACAUCCCUGACAUUACAGUCCUUGAGUUGGACGGCUCCACCCGCUAUGUGGAGUUAGAAAAUCUUAAAGUGAACACAAACUAUGUGAUCAAGCUUAGAGCUUUUAACAAGGCUGGAGAGGGCCAGCCCGUCUUCGAGAAUGUCAGGACAAGCACUGAUGGCAGCACUGGAUUUGAGAAGACCAUGCAGACACCUUCAGAGUUGAUAGCAACACCGGAGUCAUCCAGAGCAAUCCUGCUGACGUGGUAUGAUCCUAACCCUGCAAGUCUAGAGGAGGGAGUCAUCAGAUAUUAUUCCUUGGUCUAUAGCAGGAACAAUGGACCAACAUACUAUGCUAAUGCCACACAGCCUCAGUUCCUAGUAACAGGACUGAAACCAGCCACCAUGUAUGAUUUCCAAGUCAUGGUUACUGAGGGUCAAAAAGCCAGUAAAUUCUCUAUUAUCACCUCUGCAGAGACCAUGAAUGCAGAUAUUAUCAACCGCCACCCUUACCAAGUUCCAGAUUCUGCGCCUCAGGAGCUGACAGUUAGUGAUUUUACCAACACCUCAUCAUCUCUGGUUGUUGCCUGGCAACCACCUCUUCAUCCUAAUGGAGAUGUCACACGCUAUAUACUAUUCUAUGGACCUAAAGGCACAACGAAUCCUUCAGAGAUUGUAAGGCAAGAGGUUGGAGGAGAGACACUUACCACCUUUGUUCAUGAUCUUGAUGCAAAUUCAGAAUAUGAUUUCUCAAUUCAGGCAGUCAAUGGUGCUGGUAUAGGACCUAUAUCUGAUGUAGUCACACAUAGAACCAAAGGUGCAGGUGCAGCAGCCUACCCCGUGGAUGAUGUGGCGUUCCCCUGGUGGCUGUGGUUGGCUAUUGCUCUAGCCUGUCUCUUCCUCAUUGCCCUAGCCAUCGCCUUGCUCUUCUGUAUCGUCUGUGGUUGUUGUCGAUGCUGUCUGAGAUGCUGUCCAGGCUGUGCAUCACUCUGUGAUGAUAUCUAUGCUUGCUUGGAGCCGUGCGGAGCCUGUCUCGCUGGAUGCGCAUCGGGAUGCUGUCCAUGUUGCUGCGAAGAUGAAGAUGACUGCGCCAAGUGCUGGACAAAGUGCUGCUGUGGUGUGCCUUGUUGUGUAUGCUGUGGAAAAGAUUAUAAGGAGAGGAGAGCAAAAGCAGAGCUGACGGGUUAUAAAUCUGUAUCCAACGGCAAAGCCAUUCACGCUACCAAUGCCACCCAGGUGGAGGGGAAUCCCCCUGAUCUCUGGGCUGAUGAACUCAUCAUGAAGCAGAUGGGAGGAAAGAAUAUGGCUACACCAUCAGAGAUGGAAUCACUUAAUAAAUCUGAAAUUGAAAGUGAAACACAUUUUGCAAAUCAUGCACAGCAACAACAAGACCGUUACAGCUUCACCGAUCGCCGUGUGUCUUUCGUUGAUGUAGCACCCAUAAAUUACAUCAGAGUGUCCGAGAGUUAUAUACCGACACAAAGGAGGCAGGUCCAAGAAUCUGUGCAGAGAAGUGCACGUCCAGCUAACUAUGCUAAUGUCAAGAAGGGUGAGAAACCAAAUGUCAACAUCAACACGACCAAUGUUCGCAUUGAGGAGGUCAAGAAUGAAUACCAAGGAAACGAUGCUUACUCCACCCUCGGCAGCAAUCAUUCUGAGUUUCCUGAGACCAGAACUCGUGAGAACUCUGACUCUCAACAGUCUGCCGUGGGUUAUCAUGACGGUCAGAUUGUGACCUUCCCCGAUGGUCAAAUUGUGGCCAGUAGUGGACUUGCACCAAACCCAUUGACCGUCACGUUUGAGGAGACGACUACCACUCAUUCGGUGGAGAAGAUGGUGCCACAAUCAGAUGGUAGCAAUGUCAAGACCCUGUCAAGUCAUCAGACCUUUGCCAAGUCUUACUCCACAUCAGAUGCAUCCAGAGAUCGGAAUCUACAGACUAUACUACAGGAUGGCUUAGAUAAAGGACCUCUGGCCAUUGACAUACCUCAGUAUGCUGAACAACCUCUCAAAGCCAUCACUGCUCCAACUGUCAGCAGCCUCAAUGAACAAUCGAGCUACCGUAACAGGUACAACACCUCACAGGAUGGCAGCAACACCUCUACUGGUUUCAGUCCAGGAGGACUCAGAGACUACAACUACAGCUCCAGCGAAAAUGCCCAGAGAGAAUACAACAACUACAACACCAUGGACAGCGGCAUCGACACUGGACGGAGGCACGACUACCAGACCGGCAGCCUCAGGACGAACCCAAGAGGAGGGAUGGUUGAGAACAGCAGCUACGAAGAGACCCAACAUUACAUAGUCCCUGAGCAUUCUCCGGCAAGUCCACCUCUAGGUCACAGUGCGAUAUCACCAACCUUCCAUGAUGUCCCUAGGAUUACUAGCCCUGUUGACAUGGGAUCCAGUCCUCCUCCUCUAUCACCCAUGAUGUCCAGGGGUCUGACUCAGGAUACUCAUCUCUCCUCCAGCGCUAUGACCUUACCAAUGUCAACCAGUCGUGGCCUUGGCACAGACAAUGGCAACUACAAGAGCAGCUCAAGCUACCAGUAUCGAAGUGCUUCCAACAUCGGCGAUAUGACUCAUCGUGGAGGAGAGUCCCAUGGUUCAUCAACCAUGAGUGGGAUCGGAGGUAACCGUAACAAGUGGUACAUGGGUGAGGGUAGCGGUAGCGGUACCAAUGGCAGUACCAGUGCUUUCACCCCCAAUCUGUCUGAGAGCAGGGAUAUCGACAGAGAGACAAGCUUUGCUAACAGUGUGUAUUCUGGUAGCAAGGUCCAUGCUGCAUCCAGUGACUAUGCUACUGACUCCAGAGUGCAUGCACCCCUGUCCACCAACCAUCAAGACGACCUCCUCUCUUCCGCUCCCAUUUCCAAUGGCUCCGCUCUCUCCCACAAGUCCAGUUCCUACCGCUAUGACUCCAGUGGCCUUUCCAACACUGGGGGCCUGUCUACCGGGACGGGUGGGGUUUCAUCGGGAGGAGGAGGUAGCAUGUCUUAUGGUGGUGUAGGUGGAGGGUCUGGUCUGUCCAAUGGAACAUCGGCUGAUGCAGGGCGUUACUCCUCGAGCCACUCCAUGUCUGGAAGUCGCUACUCUUCCAACAAUAAUAACUCCACGGGUGAACUCUUCUCUGAUACCGAUGCCGAGGUUGCUAGUACUAUGAGUCGUGCUAGGAGCCAAGAAGUUUUAUACCAUCGUCCUCCCAUCCCCCAAUCAUCCUACCUCCCACCUCCUCCCCAUCAUCAUCAUCAUCGACCACCACCACCAGAGGCCGUCCUCCGUCGCGCACACUCUGCCAAUUUCUUUCGCGAAACGAAUGACCCAGCAAUGGACUAUGCGUUUGUUGGAGGAGACGACACGGUGUCCGAGAUAGGGAUGUCAGAGUAUGCGAGGCGCCAAGCUAGGGUCAUGGCCCGGGUCAAUCACUCGCUCAAACAACGUGUCAUUUCAAAGGCUAUGUCGCUUGAUCAUGUAGCAGUUCAACAGAUGGUUGAUAGAAGAAGAGAUAAUUUGGUUAACACGCAGACCUAUGACUUCAUGUCUAAUGCUUCAACACGCUCUGCUAUGUCCGACAGGCCGCCAUAUGUGUAUAGUUCAGGUUACCAUAGUGAUACCAAUGCCAGCUCCCAAGAUGAGUCCGGUAGUCAAAACAGUGGUACUGCACCCCGCACCAACCCCCUCUCUAGCUUCACUGUACCUGCUCCUCCUCCUCACUACCAACAUCCACAGGCCAAGGUGAGGAUAACUGCUCCAACGUACAGUCCACUGAAGAGAGGUCAGCCUGGUCCAGGUCGAGGGCGAGCUCAACCUAUGGCUGUCAUCACACCCAAAGCACCGGAUGUUACUUAUAGAGGAAUAGGUGAUGGAAACAGCCCUGGGUCGACUGUGCGUACAUUCAGUGCUGAGGAUCUGAAUGCUGAAAUGAUGCACCUGGAAGGAUUGAUGAAAGACCUGAAUGAAAUCACACAAUCUGAACUACAAAACUGAUUCCCUUCUAUCCUCUAUAUUCUAAGUGCCAGUUAAUAUGCUGUUUUAGCGAGACAGAGAGAGAGAGGACACAACCAUUUUUAGAGAAAGAAGCAAUGGACAUAAAGAGCUAUUUUGUACAUAAUGUUCAAAUAUGAAGCAGUAGGGGAGGCAAGAAUAUGUAAAUGAAAUGAUGGUUGUCCAAAAGAAAAAAUUUUACUUGUGGAAUACAGAAUGAUAGGAAUUGCAAUGGAUUUGUAUGGUAUAUUUCAAAGUGAUUUUCUUUCUUUGCUGUAUUAAGUUGUGCAUAUAUUUUAAUAUUAAUAAAUUUGUAAUGCUGGGCCAAAAUUGUAGGCUCUUAAGGUCUACUACAUUAGUAGAUUGUCUUAACAUGAUGCUCAAAUUAUCAAGGAAAGUUUGUUAAAUUAAACAUUUUCAAAAAAUUCCAUUUUGUCUCUUCCUGAAAACAAUGUACAUGUAUUCAAGGGAUUAGUAGCAUGUGUUUGGAAGUUGAGUGGUUUAUUAUCUUUAAUGUCUUUUUCUCUAACUCAAAUUUGUAAAACAAUUCAAGUUAUGCCAGUUAUAAAAACAACUCAGUAUAAGCCAAAUCAGUUUGUGUAUUUUCAAACAUGGUAAACAUACCUACUGAACUGGAUGUAAUACUAGAUGGAAGAAUAAAGAUUGUCUGGAGAGUACAUGUAUUAGCUGCAAACUAUUGGUGUACUUCCGCCACAUAAGUUUACCACUUUUCAAUUUUCAACUCAGAAGUACAUGUCAUAACAUUCUUGGUUUUACAUAUAUGCAAAUGAAGAACAUUAUGAACAAUAAGAGGGAUGUAUGUGAUGAUUUAUGUCAAGACUAUAAUUGUUGUCUAACUUUAUGUUUGUAUAAAUGCUUUAUCUAUAUUUAAAUAAAGAAAACAUGAACAUGUGCCUAUAUUAGGAAGAAUUAAGCAUAGCUCUCCAAAAUGUAGAUCAAGCGUAACUGAGGCAAUUUUUUGUGUCUUGUAAAAAUGUGUAAAGGUAGCAUAUUUUGUCAUGAAGAUGUUAAUCUGUAAACAGGGUGCUUUCUUUUUACAUUUUCUGUAAAGUUGUUGGUCAAUAUGUAUAAAUUAAGGCUGAGCAUAGACUCAUUGGUUGAACCCAGUGGUGCUUAUUAAUAUCUCCUCAUUUCCUACGGUUCUUUCAAAGAAGUACCAAUGAUAAUGUCCAAACAUUAGGUUAAUUGUAUAUGAAAAUCUGGGUUUUGUAAAUUAUCAGUCCAUCCAGUGUCCAGUUUGGUAAAGUAUUCAAGGUUGAAUAUGCAGGAUUUUAUUAUAUCUUCAUAUUUAGCUGAUUUUGUUGUUCAAGCUGUAGAGAUUUUGAACAUCUUUGGUCUGACCAUGUCCUCAUGUAUAUCUUGUUUAAACAUUUAGGUAUCUAGGUUAGAGCUUGUAUUUUAAUUGUACAAUAAAACACGUUGAUAAUGAAGAAUGCUAGAAAUAUAAAUGGUUUUCUUUGUCAUUUUGCAGCAGCAUCACAAUGUUUUGUAAAGGUUCAUUGUCAUUCUUCCAUUUUGAAAUGUAUUUAUGCACAAGUCAACCCGAGGUGGGGACUUUAAAAGAAUGUUGAAUUGUAACAUUUUAAAUAGGAAUUAGAUUGCUUUGCCUAUUGAGUUUGUAGCGUUCUUUUAUGCUCUGACCAAUUUCCAAUGAUCCAAAAUUGCUUUUCAAAAAGUAUUCUUUGAUAAACAUAUGUAAUCACUUCAAUUAUAAUCUUUUGAUCAUGUCAAGUGAAUUUACUUGAUUUUGCCCCUUUUUCCAAAUAAAUACAAUUGUUCUUUUUUCUAGGAAAUUGAAUCAAUAUAUCUUUUGUGAAAGAUAUCAACAAUGGCUGAAUUAUCUAUUUUUGGCGAAAAGUGAGUGUUUCUUAAACAAGAAUCAAGAGAAGAGGAACCUGUAAAGAAUUGAAUUAUUAUCAGUACUACUCUAAGAUAUUAGGUACUCAAAGAGUUUAGCCCUUUAGUAUAUUUAUUGACACAUUUGUGUAAGAAGCUUGUAAGUUAUUUCUAAUGUGAAUAGUAAAAUUAUGGUGCUGUAGGUUGCUAGGUUAUUCAAUUUUUGUAAUUUUUGUUACCUCAUUUCCCAGUAGCAGUUUUCAGCUUUUAAAUUGUAUGAUAAAUAAUUAUAAGAAGUUUCAUCUUAAUGGAAGUAAUUUAACAGUUUUGGUCUCUUUUAUCACACGAUAUUACUAUAUUAAUAUAAACCACACACAAAAUCAAAUCAAAUCAAAUCAAAAUGAUACAGUGAUAUUUCUUGACUAAUGUCUCAGUGAAUAUAAUAAUUCCAUAUUAAGAGAUCUUAUAUGAGCAAAGUAAGAUGUCUGUCAAAUUUCUAUCAGGAGCUAACUACAGCUAUAUGCUUUCCUAUUUUGCUUUAAAACUUUGUGACAAAGAAGGAUUAUUGAAAAGUUAUUUUUUGUUUAAUAUUUAUUUUGAUGAAUGCUGCAUUUGAAUGUUUGAUAAUGUCUGCAAUGAAACCUUGCAGUUUACCAGAAAAAAGGAAAAAGAAUUUGUGUUAUCAUCGAAAAGGGUUUAUGAAGUGGCAUCAGUGAAUCUAUUUCAGUUUAAUUAAGAAUGUCUUAAGAUUAUAUAAGAAAAAUGAAAAUUGUUAAUAACUAAUUGCAUGAUUGAAUUUUACAGCACAAUUCUGGUCAUAAUUUGUGUUUUAAGUUGAAUCAUUGAUGAGCUAUAAUCAUUUUCAGAAUGAUGAGAUUAUCCCUAUGAGCUCCAAGCAAGCAGAGCAGAGGGCGUCCUGUUAAUCACUGUGAAAAUGAAGAGUUUUCCUGUAUGUGUUCUUCAGUGAUGACUGGAGAAGAAGAGACAUGUCAUAUGAAAGUGUACAUAUGUCUUCUAUUUUUAUACAGUAAGAUAAGUUUGAGCGGUUUUUGAGAGGAGAAAAUAAUUAAUGUAGAUUUAAAAUAGUCAAGAGCCAGGCCAUGUUGCUGAGUGUUCUAUCGGCAUAGAAUUAUUCAUGUAAAUGUAUGUAAUAUUGAUAGAAUGUGCUUGAUAUGUAUUUUGCUCUGAAGAAAUGCAAUUUAAUGUGAUUUUUGUCUUAAUUGUACUUCCUUGUGAAUGUAUUUAAGUGGAUUUAUUGUUCUUUUUAUAAAGGUAUUCACUCUUUUAUAUUAUUUCUAUUUAUAUAUUAUUAGACAUAGACCAUACAAUUCUGAAUAAAACUUGCUUGCUUUUAUGGAAUAAAUAGCUUCAAUGCGUAAUUUUCAAAAA